AAAAGACAGAAAAAAAAUCCCUUUUCUCUUUUCUUUUCUAUAUAUAAACCCCUACACAUUCCACUUCCCACAAUAUCUCUCAAUCUUAAUUCUUAACCCACAUUUUCACUCUCCUCUCUUUUACAUUUACAAAAAUGGCAGUGAAAAUGGGUAUGGGUAUUUCCUUGGCUAUUGUGUACGCUGUGGCCAUGGUUAUGGCUGUGGAAGGAGCCGGCUCUUCACCUCACGCGCCAGCUCCAGCAGUGGACUGCUCGAGUCUAAUACUGAACAUGGCUGACUGUUUGUCCUUCGUUUCUAAUGGUAGCACGGUGUCUAAGCCGGAAGGAACUUGCUGUAGUGGACUGAAGACUGUUCUCAAAGCCGACGCCGAUUGCCUAUGUCAGGCGUUCAAGAGCAGCGCUCAACUCGGCGUCGUUUUGAAUGUUACCAAGGCUUCUACUCUUCCUCAAGCUUGCAAAGUCUCCGCUCCAUCAGCUACUAACUGCGAUUUAUCCAUUACUCCGGCUGGAUCUCCUGCUCUUUCACCUGAAUCAGAAUUGACUCCCACAUCAACUGCAGCAGCGCCUGAUGCUGGUGCCAUCAAUGGGCAUGCCCCGGCACCCUCACCAGGGAGUUCUGGUGCGGCGGGUGCCAUGUCUGCUUCGGCUGGAGCAUUACUUGUUGGGCUUGCAGUUGCAUCAUUCUCUUGGUUCUGAGCUUGGAGUUUGAUCUUUUUUGUGAGAGAAUAGACUACUGUGGGGGGAAUCAUUUUGUUAUUUUGCUUUUGUUAUUAACACCAUUUGAGGUUCUCUUUGCAUAGUUUCUUCCUCCCCUUAUAUUAGGUAAAAACACAUUCAUUUCUUAGUACAAUUUCCAAACCUAUGGAGAUUUGGACUCCCUCUGGCUAAUGUAUUAAAUUAUCUUCUAUUAUAUUGUUACUUUAAAUUAUUUUGUGAUAUCUAUUCUCCUUUUCUGGUUAA